AUGGCUGAAACGAAAACAAUCAACACGAACAACAACAAUCAAGAGAAGGAAGGUAAAAAAAUCUUGCUACCAUCGCAAAUAGGAACUGAUUAUAAUUACAAACAUAAAAUCGUGUGGUUUAACACCAUUGGAUUCCUGUAUUUACAUUUACUUGCUAUUUAUGGAAUCUACCGAGGUCUCACUGGAGCAGCAUACUUCUCAACCAUUGCAUGGAUGAUCUUUGUUGGUUGGUUUUCUGGUGAAGGAGUAACAAUUGGAGCGCACAGGUUGUGGACUCACAGAUCCUUCAAAGCAAAACUUCCUCUAAGACUGGUACUGCUAAUUCUUCACACGGUUGCUGGUCAAAACUGUUUAUGGGUUUGGGUCAGGGACCACCGUCAACACCACAAGUACUCCGACACCGACGCAGAUCCACACAAUGCCAAACGAGGGUUCUUCUUCUCACACAUUGGAUGGCUUAUGACUAGAAAACAUCCCCUGGUAUUCCAAUAUGGUAAAAAUAUCGAUAUGUCCGAUCUGGAAGCAGACAAAUGGGUUAUGUUCCAAAAAAGAUAUUACAAAACUCUUUAUAUAAUAUUCGCAAUUUUCCUGCCAACUAUCGUUCCAGUUUACUUUUGGGGUGAAGAUCCUUGGAUGUCUUUGCUUAUCGCUUAUGUGGUGCGUUCAAUAGUAAUGUUAAAUGCAACUUGGCUGGUAAACAGCGCAGCACAUCUUUAUGGAACAAGGCCCUAUGAUAUGAAAUUACAACCAGUAGAAAAUAAAUUCGUCUCAGCGCUCUCCAACGGAGAAGGUUGGCACAACUACCACCACGCAUUUCCAUGGGAUUACAGGGCCGCCGAAUUGGGCCGCGAUUGGAACUGCACGACCGAUAUAAUCGACUUCUGUGCCAAACUAGGAUUAGCAUAUGACAGGAAAGCGGCACCACUAAACAUGGUCAUGGCACGAAUAAAACGUACUGGCGACGGCACACAUCCAAAAGAAUCAAAGGCUGAAGCCGAAAUUGUUCGAGAAGCCCCCACAGGGAUUAUAGAUUCGACAUCUGGAUACCCGCUGAUGCCAAGUGAAUGGAACGCUGGAGAAGCCCCUCAAAUUGAUCCAAAGUACGAAAAUUACACCAAAGACACUACAACCAUGGUAAUCGCACCAGAUUUAGAAAAAGUUAAAGACAAAUGCAAAAAACAACAAGGUGAAGAUCAACUAAUCACGGAAGUAUGCACGGAAGCCCUAAAGAAACAAAAUUUAAACGUCAUUAGGAAACGAGAGAUUGCAUUAGUCGGCUAA